GCCCAGCUGGUGUCCGCAGCCGGGGCCGCAACCGGGGCCGCCCGGGGGCGCCCCUGCCCCUGGCGGUCGGGCACGUGCAGCUCCCGGCCUCGGCAGCUGCGCGGGCGGUCGGGGGCAGCGGCUGGCCAGCUGCGGCAGCCUGGACGCGGUGCUCGGCGCGCUGCGGGAGGCUCCUGCCUCCUGGUCGCCCAUCAGCUUGGCGACGGCGUGGCACCGGCUCGCGAAGCACUCGCGGCGGGGCGGCCCCGGGCGCCGCGACGAGGUGGGCCAGGCGGUGCGGCAGCUCUCCAGGGCGCAGGCGGAGGUGAGCCCGGGCCGCUUCCGCCCGCGGGCGCUGGUGAACAUCGUCUACGCCUGGGCCCUGCUGCGGGUGAGGCAGGAGACCCUCUGGACACCGGUCUGUGCGCGCUUGGCGGGUGCCGCGGGCAGCUGCAACGCGCAGGAGGUGGCCAACCUGCUGUACGCGCUGGCGCUGGUGCGGGCGGAGGGCCCGGGCGAGGCCGACCUCCUGCGGGCGGCGCGCGAGGCGGUGCCGCGCAGGGCCGCGGAGCUGUCGCCGCAGGAGAGGCGUCCAACACGCUGUACGCCCUGGCGCUGCUGCGCCAGAGGUGCGAGGCGGCGCUGGCGGGCGUGUGCGGCCGGGCCCAGGGCGCGCUGCCGGAGUUCAGCCCGCAGGGCCUGGCCAACGCGGCGUACGCCCUCGGGCUCCUCUCGGUACGGGCCCCCGCCGCUCCUCGGGGCCCUGUGCUCCCACCUGCCGUCGAGGCUGGCGGCCUUCAACGAGCAGGAGUCGAGCAGGGGAUCGACG